AUGCCGUUUUUUAUUCGGAGUGGCCAAAAAACUCAAAAGCCAAUUGACAGAAAGAGUUUUCCAUAUAACUUCUUUAAGGUACGCAAAAGAAAGAAUCUGGAUGUCGAUGAAAUUGUUUCUGCUGACGAAAAUACGUCAGAAGACGAGUCUGAUUUUGUCAAAGAACCAAGUGGUGAAGAGUUUGAAGACGUCCAGGAAACAGCUUUCAGAAAAGCAAAACAAUUACUCAAGAGACUUCAGGCAAGUUUUACUGUCGUUAGGAUAUUCUUUCGUGAGAGCGCUGAAGAGAACAAUGAUGGGGGUGAAACAAGCGAGAAAACAGUAGCUGUUCGACUGAAGGAGGAGGCACGGUCGAGAAUUGCAACCAUUCAAAGAAAAGUUGCAGAUACCGUAGCGUUAGAGACCGUGUGUGUACAGUGUCGCCCCCAUAGAUUGUCUGUUGUUGCAGUGGUUAUGUCGCACGACCAACGUUACUUAGUCAGCUGUUCGAAAGAUGCUACUGUUGUUAAAUACGACAUAGAAGAAGGUAAGAAAGUUCGGACUUUAAGGUAUUGUAAGGACAAUGAGAAUACCCAUAAGGGAUGUAUCUAUGCACUUGCAAUCUCGGACGAUGAUAGACUACUGGUUACUGGUGGUGCAGACACUGUUAUAAGGAUUUGGGACUUCGACAGUUUUAGUCAUAUGAAAAAUCUUUUUGGACAUAAGGAUACUGUUACUGGAUUAUGUUUUCGGAUCAGCAGCCACCAGUUGUUUAGUUGUUCGAAAGACCGUACUGUAAAGGCAUGGGAUCUUGAUCAGAUGGGUCACAUAGACACAAUGUUUGGCUACACUGAAGCAGUAACGGAUAUUAGCGUAUUGAUGCGAUGUCGUGUACUAACUUGUGGUGGCCAAGAAAGAACUUUGCGUCUGUGGAAAGUCAUGGAGGAAAGUCAACUGGUUUUUAAUGGUUAUUUGGGCUGCAUUAGCGUAGACUGUUGUGCACUGAUUAAUGAAGAUCAUUUUGUGUCGGGGUCAGCAGAUGGAUCUAUAUGUAUCUGGUCGGUUUUUAAAAAAAAGCCAGUCUGUGUACAGAGGUUGGCACAUGGUGAAUCGCUUGAUGGGCAACCGAAUUGGCUCAUUUCUAUUGCAGCUUCUAAGUACACCGAUUUGGUUGCGUCUGGUUCUUGUGACGGCUUUGUACGAUUUUGGAAAGUUGCUUUGGAUUAUAAAAAUAUUUCGCAACUUUUUUUUUUCGGCUUGAAAGGUUUCAUCAACAGUUUACAAUUUUCUGAAGAUGGUAGUGAAGUAGUAUGUGGUGUUGGUCAGGAGCAUAAGGCUGGUCGUUGGUGGACACAGCGUGAAGCAAAAAAUGCUGUUGUACUUAUCUCGUUAAGCUCUAAAGAUGAUCAAUGA